CAGAGGCCGAGGUGGCGGCCGCUGGUGGCUUGUGGCCGGCCGGCGGGCCAGCAGACACUUGGUGAAGAGGGUCCAGUGCGGAAGGAAAUCCUGUGGAGAAAGCAAAGACAAGUGGAGAAUCAGAAAAAGAAGAAAAUCAGAAUUUUGAAGUAGAAAAUAUGGAACAAAACCCAAAAGAAGAUGACAUAUUAGUAGGGAAAGAAUCUCAGGAAGGAGAGGAAGAAGAAGAGGAAGAAGGAGAAGAAAUGGGGGAAGAGGAAAGAGUUGAGGAAGAGCAGAUAGGAGAACUGCUAGAAGAGCAGAUAGAAGAACAGAUAGAACAGUUAGAGGGAGGACAGAUAGAAGAAGAGCUGAUAGAAGAAGAGAUAGAACAGCUAGAGGGAGGACAGAUAGAAGAAGAGCUGAUAGAAGAAGAGAUAGGGGAAGGACAGUUAGAGGGAGAGCAGGGAGAAAAAGAGGAGGACAUCGUAACUGAGCUCCACGGUGUUGACAGCUUGCACAAAGCUAUUGCUAAUCUUCAGUUCACUUCAGACAUUUCAUUGGAAGAGAGAGUCUCGGAACCCAAGAAGAGCAUCACCGUGGCAGAGCUGGAGCAAGGGAAGUCCCAGAGACCGCCCUACUUCCCCAGCCAGAAGCAAGUAAAGGAACUCGCCGCCCGAGCCCAGCUCUCCGAGGACUCGCUGGUGUCUAGCUCCACAGAGGACACUUUGUUUCUAAAGGAAGAUGCCACCAGUGUGUACCCCUUGACCCUGACCUGGUCGUAUGGAUGGAACAGCUCCCUCCCGGUCCUGUACAUCCGAGAUGAUAGACGAGUGCUUCUGUACGUCUGCGGGCACACCGCCGUCCUCUUCCACGUCUUCAGCAACGUUCAGCAUCACCUUCAGGGCCACUCCAACAUCAUCUCCUGCCUGUGCAUCAGCGAGGACCGGCGCUGGAUCGCCACUGCAGACAAGGGGCCGGGCUGCCUCAUAAUUAUAUGGGACUCCUUCUCAGGAAUUCCUGUGCACACUAUAUUUGACAGCUGCCCAGAAGGUAAUGGCAUAAGAACCAUAGCCAUCACCCGUGAUGCCAAGUAUCUGGCAACCAUCUCCGAUGCCGAAAUCCAGCAAGUGUGCGUGUGGCGGUGGACGCUGGCCGUGGAGAAGCCGGCCUGCACCCUGGAGCUGCCCAGGGAGUAUGGCUUUCAGACCCACCUUGUUUUCAAUCCAACAAAUAACAGAGAACUUGUGAGCAAUAGCCGAACACAAACCAUAUAUUAUUUGUGGCUUGAACACAAAAAUAUACUAGUUCACAGUGCCCCACUUUUAACAGAAAAAACAUUCAACAAGCUCGUGGGGAAAUUCAGCCAGUCUGUCUUCCACCUGAACUCGAUGCAGAUCCUGUCCGCCACGCUGGAGGGCAAGCUGGUGGUGUGGGACAUCCAGCGGCCGCACUUGCCGGCCUCCGGCCUGCCCUACCUCAAGCCUUGCAAACUGGUGCACUUGCAGAAGGAGGGCGUCACGGUGCUCACCACGGUUGACAGCUACAUCGUCACCGGCGACAUCAAGGGGAGCAUCAAGUUCUAUGAUGACUCGCUGUCCAUCAUCAACUGGUAUAGCAACUUAAAGCUGAGCUCCAUCAGGUCUCUGUCCUUCGCCAAGACGCCACCCAAACCCCCUACCGACACGUCCAACCUCCCCUCCGACUGCACCCUGAGAGGCGACAUAUUUGUUGUCAGGAAUUUCAUCAUUGCCACGUGUGACGCCUCCGUGUACCACCUAACGGUGGAGGGCACCAAACUGGAGAAACUCUUCGUAGAGCCCAAGGAGGCCAUUUGUGCCAUCGCCUGCCACCCGUACCAGCCCCUGCUCGCCAUCGGGAGCACGUGUGGCAUGAUCAAGAUGUGGAACUACGAGAAGAAGAAGUACCUCUUCAGCAGGGUCUUUGAGAAGGGGCUGGGCGUCCAGAGUCUGACCUACAACCCGGAAGGCGCCCUGCUUGGAGCUGGCUUCACCGAGGGGACGGUUUACAUCCUCGACGCAAUGUCUCUAAAGAACGAGACCGAGGAGCCCUUCCACUACUCGCACAGCAGCGUGACGCACGUCAGCUUCUCCCACAACUCCCGCUACAUGGCCACGGCGGACGUCAGUUUCACGGUGGCUGUGUUCGUGAUGAUCGUCCAGAAUGGACAGAGAGUGUGGCAGUACCUGGCGCGGCUCCGCUCACAUCGCAAGAGCAUCCAGAGCCUCCUGUUCGGGGUUCACCUAGACAGCAACGAGCCCCGGCUGCUGAGCCUCGGCAGAGACCGCUUCUUGAUCGAGUACAAUCUCAGCAGAAGCUUCAAAGACCACCUGGAAGUGCUGGACAUCCACCGCACGGACCAGGGCACCUACCCCACCUGCAUGGUGUGGUACCCGCCCCUCACCAAGGAGCUCUUCCUGCUCAUGUGCAACAGCGGCUACAAAGUGAAGCUCUUCAACGCCACCACCAAGAUGUGCAGGAAGACGCUGCUGGGGCCGGCGUACGGGUCCCCCAUCGAGUACACGCAGGUGCUCCCAGUGAAAGACACGCUGGCCCUCCUGAAGCGGUACUUGGUGUUCAUCAACAAAGACAAGGUUGGACUCCAGAUCUUACCAAUUGACGGCAACCCACACAAGACCUGUGCCAUCAUCUGCCACCCGAGUGGCGUGGCCGGCCUGGCUCUCUCCCAUGACGGCCGCUACGCGUUCACAGCGGGCGGGCAAGACCGCUCCGUCACACAGUGGAAGAUCAGCUUGAGUGCCCUGGAUGCCGCCGUCUCCCUCGGGGGCAAAGACCUGACCCCCUUCUACGGCCUGGUGUCCGGAGGCAGGGAAGGAAAAUUCUACAGGGAGCUGGAGGACUACUUCUACUACUCGCAGCUCCGCAGCCAGGGCAUCGACACGAUGGAGAGCAGGAGGCCCUCGGAGCACAUCAACCUGUCCGAGCUGCCCUUCGUCAUGCGCGCCAUCGGCUUCUACCCAUCUGAGGAGGAGAUCGACGACAUGUUCAACGAGAUCAAGUUUAGUGAAUACGUGGAAACGGGAAAGCUCAUUGACAAAAUCAACUUACCAGACUUCUUCAAAGUUUACCUGAAUCACAGGCCGCCUUUUGGGAACACCAUGAGCAGCAUCCAGCAGAGCUUUGACGUGCUUGGCUACACCAAUUCUCUCGGAGAGAAGGCCAUUCGGAGAGAGGAUUUCCUGAGGCUGCUCCUUACCAAAGGUGAGCACAUGACCGAGGAGGAGAUGUCGGACUGCUUCGCUACAUUGUACGGCCUGAACCCUGAGGGGUGGAAAUCGGAGCCUACAGCCUCCUCCCUUACAGGUUCACAAAUUUGCUAUGAGGAAGAACUUCCAGACGAAAUCACGGCAGAAAUAUUCACCACUGAUAUUCUUGGCCUAACCAUUUCAGACAAUGGGAGACAACGUGAUCAAUGAAGUCAUGAGGGAUGUUUGAAGCACCAAGGACUUGUGUGUGUGUCGUGUGUCGUGCACAUGUACUCGGACACAUACAUAUGUGCUUUCUAAAAGCAUUGCUUUAGCUGCACUUAGCUGCAUU